AUGAAUGUAGUUUCUUGUUUUCUCUAUCCGUUUUUGGCUCCUUCUGCUUUUCCCUCCUUUUAUUUCCUCCUCCUCUUCUUUCUUUGUCGUCGUUCUCUCUCUCUCUCUCUUUCCCACUCUCUCUCUCUCUUUCUCUCCCCUCUUCCUUCCUUCUCGCCCUUCUCAAAAGCUAUACAUUUUUUCCGUUUUUGUCCCUUGUUGCUUCAGUGCCAACCUGAAAGUGAGGAAGGGGAAAGAAAAGAUGACACACCCUCUCGACUACACCCAAGACUGGCUAGACAGUUGGAAUCACCAACACCUUCAGUGGCCAUUUCCGAGAUUAAUACAGGCACAGUCAUUUACGGAUACACCCGGUCCUUUUUUAUUCCCUUUCAAAAUACCAAGCGCGCUUUAACGGACUUGUCCCUUGAAUCGAGCCCGGCAUGCCAAAAAAUUCCGAUAGUGGUCUUGAAAAAAAGAAUGCCUGUUGUCACAGCCAGAGUAGAGGGCUGGUUCCACAUCUCUCGGCAGGCACGCUCGCUGCAACAACACAACCAAACUGUUGUGCACUCUCCCGCCUUCUUCAAGAACUGUCGUGGCACUGUGUACUAG